GUUUCUGCAGGACUAGAGCGUCUCUAAAAUGACCCGCAGACCUUGUUGCUAAGCUACUCGACACACAGCGAUGGCGGCAAAAGGCACAACAAUCAAGGAGGCACUUGCUAAAUGGGAGGAGAAAAAUGCGCAAAAGGCCUCAGAGUCAGAGGAGGUGAAGCUAAUUGGACAGCUGCCCCCCAUUGAGAAGAUGGAUGCCUCUCUGUCUACCCUUACCUGUUGUUCGAAACUCAGCCUAUCCACGAAUUGUAUUGAGAAGAUUGCAAAUCUUAAUGGACUGAAACACCUGAAAAUUUUAUCACUUGGAAGAAAUAGCAUCAAAAGCUUGACAGGUUUGGAAGCUGUGGGAGACACGCUUCAAGAACUCUGGAUAUCCUACAAUCUCAUUGAGAAACUCAAAGGCAUCAACGUUUUGAAAAAAUUAAAGGUUUUGUAUCUCUCAAACAAUCAGGUGAAAGAUUGGGGUGAAUUUGGCAAAUUGAGUGACCUCCCUUGUCUCGAGGAUCUUUUGAUGGUUGGUAAUCCCCUGGAAGAGAAACAUUCUUCUGAAGGAGAUUGGAGGGAUCUGGCAUCAAAGAAGCUGCCCAAACUGAAGAAACUUGAUGGUGUUCCUGUGAUCCGGGACGAAGAAGGGGGAGAAGACGAGGGCUGAAUAAAACCUGUGUCACUACCACCUCAAAAUGCCCCAGCUACAACACUGUGAUUGAUGCUCAAUAUUUUGUCCAAGAUUUCACUCCUGAAAUUCAGAUAUUAAGAUACUGUCAUGUCCAGAUGGUAAAACGUCAUUCAUUUGGCAAAGAAGAGUCACGUCCAUAAAUGUAUUUUUUAAAUUUUCAAUCAAUUAAUUAUGUUCUGUUGCAUUGCUUACUGACAGCUAACUAUGUGCAACCAAGCAGCUUAAGGCAACAUAAAGUCAUAUUAUGUCAACAUCCUCUGCAAAUUACUUAAUGCUUUGACUGAAUUAUUGCUCCUCAAUGCAUACAUAGUCAUGUAUUAUGUUCAGCUUUUACCAGUAUUGUACAUUUCGUGUGCCAACAUUCGAGACUCUUCACAAACAGGUUGAGAAUAAAACUUCUAAUAUGCCAUGCACCUCAGAGCAAUAUCUGUAGGGAGAAUCUGACUGAGACAUUUUAACCUGAGGGUUCCAUUGGCCUUAAUUUUUAUUCAGUACAGGACAUUGUAAAUAUCAUAUUUCUGUUAAUUUAUAUCAAUAUAUGUCCUUUAAGGCCUGUGUUGUGUUAAAUAAUUUUCACUUUAUUCAAUCCCUUAUUUGACACUGGAUACUUGGUUUCAAGUCAAAUGAGGGAUGUAAUUGUGGUGGAAUGGGGAACAUUCUUGGAGUUGUGCCCUCUUGUUUGUUUGGAGCGCUGCGGUAGUUGGGUAUUUCCAUCUAUUUUUAACUACUUUGGUAUUGAUAAAAUUGAGCCUUUUAAGUUGUCUCAUCAUUGUCAUUCAGAACUUUGCUAUCCAUGUUAAAAGACCUGAUGGAAUGUAUGUGUAACUAAACAUGUAUAUUUAAACCCUGUCAUACUCUUCCAGGAUGUAUGUUAUUUCACAGUUCCAUCCUAAUAAAUCAUUUUAUGUUCUUUGGA